AUGUCCAUGACCAGCGCUCAGAUGCAGGCGAUGCUCAACACCCUCCAGACGGAGCUUGGCAGGAAGAUGGAUGCUGCACAGGCAGCCACUGAUCUGAAGCUCGACAACCUGAUGGGCCUCCACGAUGGCCUGUCUGGAGAGAUGAAGACCAUGGAGGCCAAGUUCGACCAGAAGGUUGCCGAGAUUAACAUGUCCCUGGGAGAGCUGCGUUCACAGGUCAAUGCAUCACGUGCGGCGAGCUCACGCGCGGCGUCCAGUGAUGGCUCAACGCUAGGAUUCACUCGUAUGGCAGGCGGAGAUGGCAAGCUUCGGCGUGGAGAAGCCAGACCAAGUGAUCCAUGCAAGAGAUUCAUCGGCACCUUCCCACGCACCUUAUUGGGCAAAGAAAUUGAGAUGCACUGGAAUACCAAGAUAGUGCCAAAUCUACCGCGGGAGGUGAUUGAAGGCUGCAACACCAAGUUCUCGGGGUCGGCGAAGAGCUACCAGCUUAUCUUCACCAACGAGCUCCUGGCGAAACGUUUCCAGGAUCUCAUCUCGGAGGUGGACAUCGACUGGGUUGAUCGUCGCACUCGAGUCUCUCAUAACAUUCGCAGUCGUGCAGAUCUGCCUUUGGUUGUUCGUGCCAAACAGCGUGCUGCCUCAGUCAUCUACGGCAAAACUCUGGAGCUCCUGAAGGCCGGCCCUCACGGUGAUGUGAUGACCCACUGCAGGCUGGGCGUCAACGGCUACCAGGGCCUCAUCAACCUGUACACCGACGAUGAAGUUUGGGAAUUAUUCACGAUCCGUGGUAAUGAGCAGUGCGGCUACAGCUUCGACCCGAACACGACGAACCUUGAGAACUGGGGAGUGAGCAGGGACAAG